GCGUGGAAGACUGGACCCCAUAUUUUGCAUAUGAGCAAACAGUCUGUCAGCAGCUACAGUAGUUAGACAAGAUGGCGGACGGCUUGAAAGAAAGUGACUCAAUCAAGUUAAAACCAAGAGAAAAUAAGCAAUCGAAAAAGACAAAAGCAUCUGCUCGGGCUAAGAAAGAUGAAAAUCAAAGGUUAAAAGAGAUUGAAACCUCCAUUCGCUCUCAAGUCGCCGCAGAAAAGCGAGCCCAUGACGUAGUGGAGAGGUUAGUUCUAGAAGAUUUCAUCUCGGAAGACUUCCUCAUCAACUCGGGAAACUUGAUCACAACAAGCCAUUAUGCAGAUAUAGUAGAGGAGAGGAUGUUAUCCAAAAAGUGUGGUUACCCUUUAUGUAGAAAUCCUUUGAACCAGAUUCCAGCACAAAAAUACAAGAUCUUUUUAAAAACAAAUCGAGUUUAUGAUAUCACAGAAAGAAAGUGUUUUUGCUGCAACUUGUGUUAUAAAGCAUCAAAAUAUUUCGAGUCACAAAUCUCAGAUUCUCCAGUGUGGACACGGAUUGGUGAAAGGUACUGUCAAUCUGCCAUAAUUUCUUUGACUGGUUCUGGUGAAGUUCUUCUUGGAAAAGAUAAUAAACUAGAAAAUAUAAGUGACGGUAUGCAAGAUGAUCGCGUCAUGGGUCCUGAGAAAAGUGAAAAAAGUUUGUAUGGACUGGCGGCAGGCUAUAGUGGAGAAUUGUCGCAGGAUGAAGAUUCUCUAAUAACAUCACAAGAGAACUCUUUUAUUCGCAAUGAGAACAAUCUACAAGGGAACUUGUCAUCGUCAUUGUCCUCAUCUUUUCUGGCAUGUAGAAAUGAAAAAUCAGGUGCACUAGAUAAUUUGUUGGACAAAACAGAUCUAUUACUUGAAAAACCUGAACAGAUAUCAAAUGAACCUGACCUCCUACAGUGUCAUUCUCCUAAAUCGCAAAGGAGGGCGCAAGAUUCUAACAAGAGUGAGAGAAAUAUUUCCUCUGAGGGUGAAAGAAAGCUGGACUUUGUUAGGAAAUCACUGAACAGUGACACAGUAAUUCAAUCUGUCCAAGCUGUGUUCCAGGAAUGGUGCACACAUUCUACCUUUGAAUAUCUGGGACUCGCUGUAAAACCAAAAGUCGCGAGCGCCCCACCAGAGGCGAAAGACAAAGACCCAGAAUCCUUCACGACCAGGGCUAUUCAGUUCUUCCAAGCUGCUUUGAAUGACAGUGAAGAUUCAGACUUAGAAGCAGAUACUGACCUGGGUCCGAAAAUAACCAAAGAAAAUAUAGUGAUAAAAGAAAACAAACCUGCAAAUGAGGAUAGAAUUUGUAUUCUGCCUCCUAUCGACUCAAAAUCACAAGUUACCAUCAGAAGACGAAUUGUCUUGGAUAGAUUGUUUCGAACCAUGCCAGAUUUGUUGAGUGAAAUCAAGUUGACUGUGGGGGAAGUAUCACGUGACGUCACUCAGCUGGUUCACACCUUUAGUCUUAACAGUAAAAACAUCACCCUGAAGCCUCUGCAGUGGAGAAUUCUCUCCUUGGCGUUGAUUCUUAUACUCGAGAUGAAGAACUCCCAUAUAGCACAAGCAUUGGAGUCUUCUAAGAACGACUUCGAAGUUUACCUCGCUCGUUUGGAAAUGACGCGGAAAGAUAUUGAACUUGUUUUUUCGCCGUUAUUUGAAAGGCAACGUUGCCGAGAUUUCUGUAGUGAGGUAGAAAGCAAUGAAGCAGUCGAGACAUGUGAAUCUAGAGAGGAAAAUCACAAAGUUUACGCUAAUGAAAGAGAAAGUUAUGGCGACAUGGAAGAAUUGGAUUAAACGAGAUACAAGAUGCUGGAUUUCGGGAAACUCGUUUGAUUGUGGACGAAGUAGACUUGAAUAACAGACACCCAGAUUGAGAGGAGCGGUUCAAAAAAUUUUUUAAGAGGCAUUUAAUCAAAACAAUGAUUCUCUCAGGUGGACUGCAAUUUCAGCAAUUUCAGAAAAGAGGCCUGAGGAAAAAUCAGGCCUCGACGGAAUUCGAACCCAUGUCUCCCACGUACCCUUUGGACGCAACUACCAACUGAGCUACAAAGCCACAGGCCACAGGGAAAGCCCGGCAAAUUUCAGAUUUUUAAGAGACUUAUAUUAAAGGAAUCCACCUUUUAGUAGUAUUUUUAUGGGUUUGGGUGACUUUAAAAUCUACCUUAUUUUCAUUCCAAAAAACUGAUUAUUAAAAAUGUCACAUAGAUCAAGUUUGUCGAUCGUAUUACGUCAAUUUUCGUUCGCUCUUGUAGUUGUACUUCUGACCUCAAAAUCUUCAGGAGGUUAUCUUCAAUGUUUCUAUAUAAUCCUUAUUGUAUUCCUUUGACUCAUAAUAUUUAUUUUUCAUUUGAAAACAAUACUUUCGGAUAAGCACGUUCUCUCACAAACCUUAAUGGUGUCUCGGCAACAAUCCUUCUAACAAUCCUGUUUAAGCAACAGCGUUAUCGACAAUCGUUAAUUAAUUCUUGCCUGUGUAUUUGUAGCUAGCUGGUUUGCUGUUGAAUAUCGGUUAAAAAUCCGA